AUCACAUAGUAGAAUGAUUUUUUGAGUAGAAUCUUUUAUCUUUCAGAAAUAAUAUAAACGCUCCUCAACGUGGAUGAAGAGCAAAAUAUAAUAACAAUCGUAUAGAAAGUUUACUGAUAAAGCUCAUAAGCUCACACAACAACAAUAUGAAAAUACAAAAAAAUAGAAAUGUUACUAUCAGUAAAACAUGAAAUAUGAAUAUUUCAACUCAAUAGCACAUACAACAACAAACUCACCACAGAAAACAACCGAACAAUCACUAGGGCCGAUGUCAGCACCUGUGCAAAGUGUCAUUUCUUUUCAGAUGAGUUGCGCGCGUCGAGUUGUUUAAAUAACAUAUCAAAGUAAACGUGGUUGGGUUUGAUUUUGAAUAACUAAAGUUUAAGAAUAUACUGCUUAUAUUUAUCAAUGAAUGAUAACCUAAUUAAGAUUUUAAUUUUGAGCUAAAGAUGAGCGACUUCGAAAAAAUUAAUGAACAUUUUUGGAAGAAAAUAUAUACAUAUAUAAAGUGCAAAGUAUUCAGAAUUGCGUAAAACAACGCAAAAAUAUACUAAAAGUUUGGUGUCAACCUAAAAUUAAAAUUUUUGAAGUUAAUCCAAAUUAAAACAAUUUCGUAAACAAAGCUAAACUUGUUUAUCUUUUGAAGAUAACGAAAAGCCCCAUACACACAAGGCUAUACGUUAUUUGGCCACUACUGAACUUCGUUCGUUUGUUAUCGCUUACUUAUUAUAUCGCUGACAUAUGAGCGUAAAAAAUAUGGAUCUCUGGUGAAAAUCAUUGAUGUUUAAUAGUGACAUACAAUAUUAUUAUUAAGAUGCAAUGAUAAUUAUCCUUUGCAUAAGUAUGCAUCUAGUCGAUGCUCAAAGUUUCUGGCAAUGCUAAUAGUAUCAUUAACACCUUGGCGUAAGUCGGUGUUCAACUUUCCAUAUAAGUACAAAUAAAGUGUGUUUAAUAGGGACCAAAGAUUAAAGAAAACAAUAAUCUAGAAGAAAAAUGUUUAAUGAAGUGUAAGAUAGUAAAACAAUUUACAUUACAAUGAAUAAAGUAACCUGAAUCAAAGUUUUUUUGAUGUCGAAGGCUUUAUAUUAUAUAUUCCAGCAAUGUUUCCUGGCGAGAUUUUCUUCUUCUUCCUCGUAGCAUACCAGAAAUUUUUUUAUUCCCCGUUUUGUAGUAGAAUCACGUUCUUCAUUAGAAUCUAUUUUUUCUAAAAUUUUUAACCCCUUUUCAAUUGAAUUGAGUUCUUCUGAUAAGUUUGCAAUUGUCAUUUGAUUUCCCGAUUCAACUGGAUCUACCGAAUCAGUUUGUUCAAUGUCUUACUCAUGCUUACGCAUUUCUAUAAGCUCGUCAAUUGUUAGCUCCUAAUUGUGUGAAUCUAGCAAUUCCUGAACGUCAUCAUAAUCGACCUCUAAAUUUAAUUGUUUGGCAAUAUCGACCACUUCCCCUACUAUGCUAUCGAUAUGUUCAGGAUCUGAAACUGAUUCUCCCUGGGUGUGUAGUAAGCUUUAAAUGGUUCAUUGGUUGAAGGAAGCUGGUAAUUUUUGGUGGCAAAAAUUCAACUUCCACUCGUGGAUCGAAAUUAAUAAGAGUUGCUGGAGGAUGACCUGGUGCAUUGUCAACUAGCAGCAUCACUUUAAUUGAGAUUUCUUUUAAUUGACAGUAACAUUCGCCUUCAGGAAUAAAAUGAAGACCAAAUCAGGCUUCAAAAGGAGAAGUUGUCACCGAUGCUAUCGGAUUAGACUUCCAAAUGACAGGCAACCCAGCUUUAGAUUUAUAUUUUAAGACUCUUGGAUUUUCUGAGCGAUAAACUAAGAGAGGUUUCAAUUUUCGCACGAACCAUCACUGUUAAUCCUUGGCGCAAUAAAACUUCUUUUAGGUAUUUUUUUCCAAAAAUACCGAUUUCAUCUACGUUAAAAAUGGUUUGGCUAGUGUAGCCACCUUCGUCUAUCAUUGUUUUGAGUUUUUCUGGAUAAAGAGAGCUUAUUUUUCUUUCUUUCCACUCUCUGCGAUGCUAUGCUAAUUAUAACGACUCUUAAAUCGGCUGAACUAGCCGUUUCUAGCUUUAAACACUUAAUUUUUAGCCACUUACCCAGCUUCUUGUUUAAGUUUUUCGAAAAUCUGCUUUGCUUAAAAGCACUUUGUAUUUUGAGUAACAGUACAAUUUUUCACUCGUACUUGAUUAUCACACCAUGAAUGUAGCAAUGUUUCCAUCUGUGCGAUGCAAAGAUUGAGAAUCUUUCACAGCGUAUCUCCGAAUUCGUGUAAAACGAAGUGUCGUUAGUCGGGGUAUUACUGUAUAUUGAAAUAAUACUCAAAGGCCAAUCUCUCUAAUUGUGAUGUUGGUAAAUUGUGAACCCCCAAACACCAAACAACAAUUGCACACUCAUACUCUGCUUUCUUAUUCACUACUCACGAGUAUAUGAAUAUUAUUGGAAAAUGUUUCAUAUUAAUAGGCAUUAAUAAUAUGAACUCAGCAAAAUACACCUGUACGUAUGAUGUACGUAGCACGGCAUUAUUGUAUGACAGACCACAUGAGAAGAAGAACAAUAUAAUGGACUUUACUUUGGGUCUCAUUACAGGAGCCUAUUUGGUCUUUGCUCUAACUGUUUUUUACGUUGUCUACAUUAUUGAAGUUAAACUAGAUCUUCCUGGCAUCCUGAAUAACCACGUAGUUCAUCAACACCCCGUGGGGUUAAAUGACAACCAAACCAACGAGGACACGCUGACUGAAUUUUCCGAAAUUUCACAAAGAAGACUUCGCCAUAUGAUUGAAUCAAUAAUAUCAGAAAUGCUGAGAACACCAUGUCUGGCGAAUGUUAACGUAUCAGAACCAGAACUCAAUUCAAAUAUUUAUGGAAAUGGGCGUACACAACCUUGUCAUCGUCAUCGUACUGAACAUUAUUUUGAACCAAAGGCCUAUCAUGACUUCCUGGCCACGGAAGUGUUGAAUAAGAUCGCUGACAAAGAAGAGUAUAUCCGUAAAUUAUCGGAAAGUACACCGGAUCUAAGUUCAUGCAACGCUGACAUCAACUUUAAUAUGAACGAUAGAAGCACCUCAUCUGACAGUUCAUUGAAGACCACAAGUCCUUCCCACUAUACAGAUACACAGCAUUCAUCAAAAAUCAUCAAAGAUUUAGAUCGCGAAUUAACAAUAAACGAUUACAUUGCCUCUCACACGGUACCACUACCCGAUUUGUCAGCUGCAAUGGCAGAAUAUAAGGAGGAUGACAUGGCUUCUGUAUCUUCGAGUAUCCUUGGUGAAGGCAAUUGGGAAGAUAAUUGGCUUUUUAGGAAGAAGCGUUCUUCAGUAACUACCUCAAUAACUGGCAGUAUAGGUAUGCUAGUACCUGCACCUAAAGAUGACGUUCGUGCUCAAAUUGGAGAUAAGACUACCGAUGAAAUCAGUGAUCUGUCCGAAAUAGAUUCAGACACGGAUGACUCAAUAAAAUCCGGCUUAGAUCCGUUUAAUGAUCGUAUUUUAAAUAAACACCUGAUUGGUGGUCAGAAUACAAAAGUGAUUUUAGACGAAUUGAUUGAAACAGCUAGUUUGGUAUCAAAUAUAUCACGUUCGCCAAAUGAAGCCAACUGUAUUGAAACUAUAAACGAGCAUAUUGUGGAAAAAGCGCCCAAAACCGAAGCGUUUAAUUCAAGAGUUACAAAUCAUUUACCCCAUUCGACGCAAGAAUCAGAAAAUAAUCCAUUAUCAGCUCAAUUGCAAGCUACUGAAAGCAUUGAAGUCGAUGAAAGUUGUACAGGAUUUAGUUCAGUCGAAAUAUUUGAAGAAACCGUUUUAAGUCACGACACUAGGUCAAUUUGUCAAGAAACAUCCGUUAUUGAAAUUCUCGCUGCAAUUACUUUAGCACCGUUGCUGGCUGUUCCUUCUUCAGAACAACCAUCUAUUCAAACACCCUUCGAAAUGAAUGCACUCAAAGAGUUAAGUGAUUUAGCUUUAGCGGAAAUAAAGUCGCGUAUACCUGAAUUAAGCCACCACUCACUUGAUAUCAUAGAUGAGGAAGAAGAAACUAAAAUUAUGAACUCAUUAGAAAUAAACGAAAGUUGCUCAGAAAAGUGUGUUCCAUUAUCAGAUAUAAAGGAAAUUAUGAAUUCAUCAUUGAUUCCAAAUUCAAUCACAAAUCUAGUAGAUGAAAAAGAUUUACACAAGCUAUCCACUAAAAUUUGCGCAGAGACACCAUCACCGGAAAUAACAGAAUUACUGUUAUCUUCGUCGUCAGAAAGGAUCUUCAAAGAUUCCAAUAGAUCGAACAUAAUACUGCUCCCCGAACUUAAAAUAUUUUCCAUUGACGAGUCUUCGUAUGUAAAAAUAUUGUGUUCUGAAUCGGAAAGUGAGCUGUCUUCAAAAACAACCAUAAGAUGUAGUUCACAUGAAGAACCAUCUGAAAGCAUCCAUCCUUUAGAAAAAGUGAUACCUAAAAUCUGCACUAAAGCCAUUAUCAAUGAUGUUAUAUAUACCAAAGGUGCAUUAUCUACCGAAACCUCUCAUAGUUUUGAAAUUGAGAAACAAGCACCUUACAAUGAGACAGGGUACGAGCGUAAUAGAGAGAGUAACCAGGCUUCAAAGACAGAAAGUGAGAAGCUUGAAUACAAAUGUGGUGCCGAUGUCUAUGAUAAAAUUGGAAAUCUGGGUAACCAUAGACCUCUACAAUUAGAAACAGCUGCAAUUGCACCUACUCUAAAAAGUGAAAAACAAAAACCCUGUAUUCAAGCAGAACAAUGUGUUAUGGAUAUAGAAAGUGAAAAUCGAAUACCCUUCUUUGAGAAAAGCGAAACUGAGAAACGACAACUAAUCAGGCAGUCAAAAGAAAAAGGCACUAAUAAUAGAAGAAGUGAAAAUCUAAAACUAUUUAGUGAUCAAAUUGAAGACUGUGACAAUGAAAAAAAGGAAUCGAAAUCCUGGCUAACACCAUACACCUCCGAAACCGAGAAACAACAACACAUAUGCGAGUCACAAGGAGAUGGUAUUAUGAAUACAACAGACGCAACAGAAAAUGAAAGUAAAAAUUCCUUUAAUGAUACUGCAGGAGAGUGUGUCUGUGUAGGCACAAAAAGUGAAAAUCGAAUAAUCUUCAGUGAGCAAAAACCAGAGUCUGCAAUUGAGAAAUCUGCUUCAAAAAUACCGUACAUCUUCGUUACUGAGAAACAAACGCCCAUCGAUGCGACAAAAGGAGAUAAUAUUUUAAAAACAAAGCCAGUAGAAUCCGUCGCAACAGAUAACAAAAAACAUGAAACAUGUAAUAAACCAGAAAAAGAGUGUGUUAUAGAUAAACAAAGUGUAAAUGAAAUACCCUACAUUGAGCAAACAGAUGGACGUGAUAAUGAAGCGGAAUAUCGCGAAUUCUCCCAAACACCAUACUCUACCGUACCCAAUAAAAAACAACCAAUCAGUGAGUCACUAACAGAUUGUAUUAUGAAUAAAGAAGCAGCAGAAUCCUCUGAAAAAGAAAAUGAAAACCAAAAAUCCUGCAAUGAAAGAGAGGAAGUACAUGGUAUGGAUCAAAACAGAGAAAAUCAAAUAACUUCUGAAAUGAGAUACACCUACAAACCUGGGAAACAAGAACUUAUCAGUGACCCAACAGGAGAGUGUAUUAUGGAUACAGAAGCGGUAGAGUCCUCUGUAACAGACAUUGGAAAACAAAAUCCAUUUACUGAACCAGAAGAAGAAAGUGUUAUAGAUAUAGAAUGUGAAAAUCGAUCACCUUUCACCGAUCAAGAAGAAAAGUGUGCCAUUGAGAAAGAGGUUUCAGAGUCUCCACAAACGUCAUACGCUUGCGUAACUAAGAAGCAACAAUCAGACUAUGAAUCUCAAGAAGUAAAAAUAAUGGAUACAGAAACACAUCAAGAAGAAAAGUGUGCCAUUGAAAAAGAGGUUUCAGGAUCUUCACAAAACGAUGAACGUGAUAAUAAAGCAGAAACUCAAGAAUCUUCUGAAAUACCAUACAUCCCUGUACCAGCGAAGCAAGAACCUAUCAGUGAGUCAAAAGAAGAAAGUAUUAUGGAUAUAGAAGCAGUGGAACUAUCUGUAACAGAUAAUGGAAAACAAAAUCCAUUUACUGAACCAGAAGUAGAAAGUGUUAUAGAUACAGAAUGUGAAAAACGGUCUCCUUUCACCGAUCAAGAAGGAAAGUGUGCAAUUGAGAAAGAAAUUUCAGAGUCUUCACAAACGUCACACAUUUCCGUAACUGAGAAAAAACAAUCAGACUGCUCUAUAGCAGAGCGUGAAUAUAAGAAAUGGAGCAACGCGGUUGAAAUGCCAAAUAAUCCAUACACUCCGGAUGCUUUAAAACGAAGGAUUAGUGGCAGCCAAGAGCGUUUUAUAGAUUUACCAAAUAUAAGUUCAAGCACGAAUAAAAGUGUAAUAACCGUGAAAGCAGAAGAUGAUGUAGAGAACGAAAGUACUAGUAAUAUUGGUUACAAGAGAUAUAGCCGUGAUUACUACAUUAACACCGACAAUCCUCCAAAAGCCAGUCCUAAUCAUCAAAUUCACCGAAAUGAUAAACGCAAACGACUCAGUUCCGGAUGCAGUGAUGAGCUCAUAGAAGAUUCAUUCACCAAAGAGAGCAUAAGUCAAGGUAACGAAACAACUGCAAAAGAAAACCGUAUUGUGAUCCACCCAACGGUAUGCCUCGCGCUUCCCGCACAAGUAGGAGAAGAAACACUGUCAAAUCAGUCUAUGAUUUCGGUUAAUACUACAACCAGUGACGACUCGGAUACAAUCUGUAUUUAUAAUUUCAAGAAUCAAUCAGCAGCUAUCGUCCACAACGAAAAUAAACCGUUGACGACAGAUACGACAGAUACAACCGUGACAACAACUUCAAAUUCUGUCGAGCCUUUUCCAGCGACAACCAAAUGCGUGUUUACAAAAGAUGCGCUUGCAAAAUCUAAAAAAUCUGAUGAAUAUGAAGUCUUAUGUCCUAGAGAGUUAUUGUUAGAAACGAAAGCUACAGAAACUUGUGUAUCAACGUUGGCUCCAGGCCCCACACCAAAGGCAUUCAAAUUUCUACAGCCGAAACGAAGAUUAAUAGAUCCCAGCCAGGUAUUGCCAUUAGACGAGGAAGUGCAUGGGCUCUCUUUUGGCGAAAAGGCGGUUGUUGAGAAGGAAGUGGCACAAGUUAUGCCUUCUGUAAAAGCUUUAGCGCAAGCGUUUCUUCUGAGUUCAAAUAAAUGUUCGCAAGCCGAAAAGCGAUGGAAAAAAGGGAUCCAAAAAAUGCCUUCUACAGCUAUUAAACUCAACCAGCCGCCGACAGCACAUACAGAAAAUAUGGUAACAGCUCCGGAAAUGACAGAAGACGCUACUAUUGCAUCAGAUUUAUCAUCACUAGACACCGAUCCUUCAAUAAAUAUGGGUAGUCUUAGCAAUAAAACAAAAACAUCUUCUCUGGAGCGCACCGUUAACUAUGAGGAUAAUAACAAUAAAAAUACCUCAAAUAUGUUACGCCGUGUCAGUAUGCUGAAAAGUAAUAUUGCUUUCUUUGAGAAUUUAAAGUUUAAGUAAAAAUUACUCUUAAGUCUAAAAUGUCUAAAGUUUUGCAGCUGAUUGGAAACUAAAUAUAUUUGCCAAAUAGAUAUGUACACACCUAAUAUGUAUUUCUAUAUUCAGACAUACAAAUAUAUUGUUAAAUCCGUGCCAUUGAAUCAGCUUCUGUUUCUGGUUAGUUGUUACUGGUUAUGAAUUUUCAAUUAAAAGUAUUAUUUAGUUGGUAACUGUAUUAUCAUAUAUAGUAGCAUUUUAAUUAUCAUUGGUUUAAUUAUUAGAUGUAGUUAAAUUAUUAUACUUAAAUUAUAUCAAAUAAAAUUUAGAACUCCAAAUCCGAA